AUGGGCUCUCCACUAUCUCCGGUCAUCGCCAACUUCUACAUGAAGGACUUCGAGGAGAGGACGCUGGAUUUGGCCCCACUCAAGCCCCUAUGCUGGUUUCGAUAUGUGGACGACACCUUCGUCAUCUGGCCCCACGGACCUGACAACCUGAAGGGUUUCCUGAACCACUUAAACAGUAUCAACCCAUGCAUCCAGUUCACCAUGGAAACCGAAAGUGAAGGCCACCUCCCCUUCCUAGAUAUAGAUAAUUACAGGAGACCUGACGGCUCUCUAGGCCAUACAGUAUACCGCAAACCCACACACAGAAACCUCUAUCUCAAUGCCAAGUCCCAUCAUCACCCUUCCAGUAAACAGGCAGCUCUGUCCACACUGGUACACAUGGCCAGAGCUCUGUGCGAUCAAGAGAGUCUGCGUGCGGAGUUGGAGUUCCUGAAGGACAUCUUCAGACGCAAUGGCUAUAACGACCAGCAGAUCCACAGGGCACUCAACCACCAUCCCAGCAGCAAUCAACAUGAUGACCGCAGAGAAACUGUCGCCUUCUUGCCCUUUGGACAGAAUUGUCACCAGUAA